AUGCAGUCCAAGAUCAGCACUUUCUUCAAAUCUACCCCCGCUUCCUCUUCUCCCAACAAUGAUGACGAUUUAUCCAUCUGGGAGAACCAGCAACACCACAUCAUCAACACCUACACCCGAAGGCGUCCAAAUCCUAUCGCCGUUCCUUCGGAUCCCAAACCCGUAACGCUCGUCAAAAACAAGAAGAGAAACUACGCCCAAUUCCACCUCGAUUUCGGUCAAUCCGACUUCCUCCUACGCGCGUGUCCCACAUGCGGCGUAAAGUUCACUCCCGGUGAUCCACAAGACGAGAAAUCCCACAACGAGUUUCACAAAUCAUACACGCAGGGAAUCCAAUUCAGAGGUUGGGCCAAAGAAAAUGUUGUUCCUCUACCCAGCGUGGAUUCGGGUCGGAUCGUUUUGUUUUCGGGGACCGACCCGUCUUCUCACAGGAAGAAAGUUGAAGAGGUGGUGAGGAUGAUGGAAAUUGAGCUUGGAAGUGGGUGGAUACUUCAGGACCGCUGUAAGGUGUAUCUGUUUGUUUCUCUUAAUAGGGUUUCUGGGUGCCUCGUUGCAGAACCAAUUGAAAAGGCAUUCAAAGUGGUGUCUGGCUCUGUUGCUAAACCUAUUAUUCAUAGCGCGAAGAAAAGGGGAGUGAAGACACGAUCUACCACUCUUCAGUUUGGGAAUGUUAUUUUCCAAAGGGAGGUUGAAAGAAAAGUUGCUAACGUGAGUGAUUCUGAAAAGAUGGAAGGAGCAAUCUUCUGUGAUAGCGAACCAACCGCUGCUGCUUGUGGCAUUAGGGCCAUUUGGGUUACUCCCUCCAACAGAAGAAAAGGCAUUGCAAUUCAGUUGCUAGAUGCAGUAAGGAAGAGUUUCUGCCCGGGUCUUGAGCUUGAACGUUCUCAGUUAGCAUUCUCGCAGCCAACCUCCGCUGGAAAGGCAUUAGCAACUAGUUACACUGGCAAUGAGUCAUUCUUGGCGUAUUAA